UCCAGAAAGUCCAAAGUAAAAGGUUGUGUUCUGACAAAAGAGAGAGCAAUUCAACAGGCUGAGCAGAACUCCUCAUCAAACAUGAAGCUGGGUUUGACCUUCAGUGCCCUCUUCGGGGUUUCCUUGUGCCUGGAAUCUUUUGUUGGGCACCAGGUUCUCCGAAUCAAGCCAAAAAAUGAGGAGGAGAUUAAGAAGUUACAGCAUUUGGAAACGAUGGGACACCUUGAGCUUGAUUUCUGGAGGAAUCCCACCGCCCCAUCCUUCCCUGCGGAUGUGAGAAUCCCUGCUAAAAGAGUCCAGUUAGUCAAAGCCUUCCUGGAAUCCCAUGGGUUUGAGUACUCUGUCCUCAUCAAUGACCUGCAAGUUGUUCUAGAUAAAGAGAAGCAAGAUAUGGCCCACAGUCAGCAAAAGGAUCGCAGCACCGCCACCUUCAACUAUGGAACUUACCACACCUUAGAUUCUAUUUAUGCAGAACUGGAUCAUCUUGCAUCUGCCUAUAACGACAUUGUCCGGAAGCUCCAGAUUGGGCAAUCCUAUGAAAAGCGGCCUUUGUUUGUGCUCAAGUUCAGCACUGGAGGACGCAACCGACCUGCAAUCUGGCUUGAUGCUGGUAUCCAUUCCCGAGAGUGGGUUACCCAAGCGAGUGCAAUGUGGAUAGCUAAACAGAUUGCCUCCGACUAUGGGAAGGAUCCAUCCACCACCUCUCUGCUGAACAAAAUGGACAUUUUCCUGCUGCCAGUUGCAAACCCUGAUGGAUAUGUAUUCACUCACACCACUAAUCGCAUGUGGCGGAAGACCCGCUCCAGGAAUAAAGGCAGUCUGUGUGUUGGAGUCGAUCCAAACCGCAACUGGGAUGCAGGGUUUGGAGGUCCUGGCGCCAGCAAUAAUCCCUGUUCUGACUCUUACCAUGGGCCCAGUGCCAACUCGGAGGUGGAAGUUAAAUCCAUUGUCGACUUUAUCAGGAAUCAUGGAAACAUCCGGGCCUUCCUCACCCUCCACAGUUACUCUCAGCUUCUGAUGUAUCCCUAUGGCUAUAAAUGCACUCAACCAGCAGACUACGCCGAGCUGGAUGACUUGGGAAGAGCUGCUGCCUAUUCCAUCCGCUCCAUUUAUGACACCAUCUUCAGAGUGGGGAGCAUUUGCAAAACUAUCUACCAAGCCAGUGGAGGCAGCAUUGACUGGAGCUACGAUUAUGGCAUCAAAUACUCUUUUGCCUUUGAGCUGCGAGACACGGGUCGCUUUGGUUUCCUCCUGCCCGCCAACCAGAUUAUCCCAACUGCAGAGGAGACCUGGCUGGGCCUGAAAACAAUCAUGGAGCAUGUGCGAGACAAUCCCUAGUAAAAGCUGGGGUGGGAUUCAGCUGUCUGUAAGGAGCAAGCUCAUCAAUCCUCCUCCCUUUUUGUGCUUGUGACAGCUGUAAUGAUAUGAAUCAUGGAAUGGUUUGGGUUGGAAGGGAGCUUAAACCUCAUCCAGUUCCAACCCCCUGCCACAGGCAGGGACACCUUCCACUAGAGCAGGUUGCUCCAAGCCCCUGUGUCCAACCUGGCCUUGAACACUGCCAGGGAUGGGGCAGCCACAGCUUCUCUGGGCACCCUGUGCCAGCGCCUCAGCACCCUCACAGGGAAGAGCUUCUGCCUCAGAGCUCAUCUCAGUCUCCCCUCUGGCAGGUUAAAGCCAUUCCCCUUGGCCUGUCCCUCCAGGUCCUUGUCCAAAGCCCCUCUCCAGGUUUCCUGGAGCCCCUUUAGGCACUGGAGCUGCUCUAAGGUGUCCCCUUCAGGAGCCUUCUCUUCUCCAGGCUGCCCCAGCCCAGCUCUCUCAGCCUGGCUCCAGCCCUCGGAGCAUCUCCGUGGCCUCCUCUGGAUUGCUCACAGUGUGGCACCUGGCUGAAUAAAACCUGCGUGUGCAUUCCUCCUA